AUCCAUGGUCUGCUCCCGGAUUUCAAACCGGACCAACAUGACGGCUCGUUUGAAAACUUUCUCUUAUAUUACGAAAAUAGUUUACCGAAAUGUGUUUCUGAAAACAUUUGAGGCGAGAAAUAAGCCAUGCAGUUGCUGAAUCUGUCUUCAGUUUAGAUCGACAACGGUUAGUUUAAAAGUUUUUCAGGAGUUUUCCAGAGGUGGCGGUUCGCGCUGGACGUCCCUGAUUUACUUACUUCCUCGCGUCCAAAAACGCCCAUGUGGACACGUCCCAUAAGAAUAUCGCCGGUGUAAGGAACGAACUGGAACGUAAAGGGAUUAAACACUUGGACCUUAAACCAUCUUUGCAAAUAGCUCUGGAAAUUCGAUGUUAAAGCAUCUCUUCACCCAUCUACAAAACACAGAACUGAUAACAAGGAUGUGAGAACAAUGUAACACGACAGCUGAUGGCGAUAAUGCUCCGCUCGGUUGCAAAUUCGCCAUUAAAAAGAAGAAGAAGAUAAUUUUUACAUUUGUCCCACGUGCAUGAACGCAACACCUUUCGCUUUGUGGAAUGACGUGUCAAGAAAGUGCCGGAAGCUUUCAGUUUGUCCAAAAUGGCUUACCAGACACUACAGCAGGAGUACUUACAGAUUCCUGUUGUUACCAGGGCAUAUACAACUGCCUGUGUCCUCACAACUGCAGCAGUGCAACUAGAGAUCAUCACACCAUUUCAGCUAUACUUCAAUCCGGAUUUGAUUCUAAGGAAUUACCAGGUAUGGAGACUAAUAACCAACUUCCUAUUUUUUGGUCCAGUUGGCUUCAAUUUCCUGUUCAAUAUGAUUUUUCUGUACAGAUACUGUCGUAUGCUAGAGGAGGGCUCUUUCAGGGGACGCACGGCUGACUUUGUCUUCAUGUUCCUCUUUGGUGGCCUUCUGAUGACUAUAUUUGGUACUUUUGUGAGUCUGGUGUUCCUGGGCCAAGCCUUCACUAUCAUGCUGGUGUAUGUGUGGAGUCGGCGAAACCCAAACGUUCGCAUGAAUUUCUUUGGUCUGCUGAAUUUCCAGGCACCCUUCCUGCCCUGGGUGCUUAUGGGAUUCUCACUUCUGCUGGGCAAUUCCAUCAUCGUGGAUCUUUUAGGUAUCGCAGUUGGUCAUGUGUACUACUUUCUGGAGGAUGUUUUCCCUAACCAGCCAGGAGGUGGAAGGUGGCUCAAGACCCCAUCUAUCAUAAAGAUGCUGUUUGACACUCCAGAGGAAGAUGCCAACUACAACCCGCUGCCUGAGGAGCGCCCGGGAGGGUUUGCCUGGGGAGAGGGACAGCGCCUUGGCGGUUAAAUAUGCCCCCAGAUCAGGUCACUUCUAAGGACAUUCCCUCAGAGAGAUGAAGGGGACAAACAUGGUCUUUGUUUUUGACGUGUUUGUUUAGUUCUGGAUGAAGAAUGCCAAACAACCAGAACUGGUUUGAAGAUAACCGUCUGUUGUCUUUGUAUAUGGGCUUAAAUCAUCCUCAGAAACUCUUUUUGAUGCCAGAUCGUUGCUCUAAGACUAUUUGAGAGAACACAAGCUUCUGUUGGAACUUUGGACGGUGAGCCUUUGGGCUCAGGUGAUGUUUGUCUUUAUCACAGAAAAAAAUUAUUGAUAUACAACAACUGUCAUAUGAAAGAGGAAAAUAUGACAGCAGUGAAAUAUUAUCAAAAUGAAUUUAUUCAGAUGGCAAGUGCAUUUUUUUUUCAUUUCACUUUUUAAAAAAAUAAAUGUGUGUGGCAAAUUA